AUGGUGGCUCCUGCAGUGGCUCCGCUUCCCAGGGAGUUCGCUGUUAGUUUGCACAUGGUCCACAUCAUCUUCGGUCUGUUUGGUGCCGUUUUCGUCUUAAUUUCUGGUUUCGACACGGCGGGUCGCACUGCUCUCACAAAAGGAACUUCAAUGAUGCUUGUAUUCAUGGCGACUAUUACCUGGACGUGGUGGAUAAACCGUCAAGGAGUCUUAUAUUGGAAUCUGGAUUCAGUUCCUUUCUGGAAUGCCAACUGCUCGGCCGAGAAGCGGAACCGGACGGUACACAUACUGAAGAACAUCUCCAUAGUUGGAGCGCUAACAAUGUUGCAGCAGAUGGCAAAGUAUGAGUCGCAGGAUUCCCCGGGACGUCCAUCGUUUCUGGAAGGCUUGGUUACGGCCUUGAGGCCUUGGAGCUUUGCUGGCAUCAUUGGACCUUACCUGGUGCUUCUUGCAGUUCUCCGAUGCCUUCUUCACAUCGAGCUUCCGGGCUACACGGUCGUGUUCGCUCUGGUGAUCGCCUUGCUAGCAGUGCAAGCAACAGCAAAUCUCGUGAACUCGUACAAGGACUUUGAAAAAGGAAUUGACACGGCAGAGACAGCAGGCGACCGGACUCUUGUGGAUGGUCUUGUUUCUCCUAUGGUGCUGAAGGUGCUGGCUGCGAUUGCCUUGUUGUGGUGGCUGUCAUUUUUCUUGUGGUCUGUGCUGGCUACGGAAUUCAACCUCACAGUACUCAGCUGGGCCACAGUUGGCACCUUGCUGGCCAUCGGCUAUACAGCAGGACCUGCUCCUCUCAAAUACAUAGGUUUGGGUGACCUGACCGUAUUUAUUUGCUUUGGUCCCGGCGUUAUCUCCUACUGCUCCGUGGUCUUGGUGGGUGGAGUCAUGUGGCAAGCGCUGCUCUUGACCGCGCCGGCAUCGCUGUAUGUAGUUGGCAUCUUGCACGCAAACAACUACAGAGACAUUGACGUCGACAGACGAGCAGGUGCAAAAACUGUGGCGAUACUGCUCGGCCCUAAGGCUUCGCUGACUUACUACGAUGGACUACUGCUGGGAGCGCAUGCUCUAGCACUUCUUUUCGGCUGGAUUUGCGGGUGCCAUGGGGUGGCUGGAACCAUUUUCGUGCUGCCGCAAACGCUGUGGCUUUGCGUUCGUAUACGCCGACAACACUUGCUGAGUGAUCAGGAUGAGGAAACGGCAAAGUCAAUGAUGAUGUUUCUUAUCCGCACCGAUCUGCACAUUGCAUAUCGUCACCAUUCAUUUAUAUAUACAUAUAUAUAUAUCGCCACCAUAUACAUAUACAUAUACAAAUGUAUAUAUAUAUAUAUAUAUCUUUUUUAUAUACUGGGGGAAUCCUCGUGCAGCACUCCGCGUGCGCGUUCCCGUGUCUCGGGUCCUGUCGUACCCCGACUGUAUACUUGCAGUAAUGAGUAG